AUGACCUGUUCACUAGGUUCCACGGAUUCAUUAGACAAGAAUAUAGAAAACUUUUGGAAGUUAGAAAGUUACGACAAUGACAAGGCGCAAAAACUAUCAGUAGGCGAAAAAUUUUGCGAACAAUAUUUUGAGCAGACUACUAAUCGAACAAACGAUGGAAGAUUCAUAGUUAGAUUGCCUUUUGGCGAAAAGAACCUUCCUAUUGGCAAUAACAAGGAAAUCGCGUUGAAAAGAUUGUAUCAGCUAGAGCGCAGGUUCAAGGGUGACGAAGCCUUUCGCAAGCAAUACCUUAAAUUCAUGUCCGAAUACGUCGAGUUAAAUCAUAUGUCGAUCGUGAAUAAAUCAAUUCAAGAUUCACGACCCAUAGUAUAUCUCCCUCAUCACGGAGUUUUCAAAGAUAACAUUAAUAAUACCAAACUUCGCGUCGUUUUUGAUGCGUCAGCGAAAAAUAACCAAAGUGUAUCUUUGAAUGAUGCGCUUCUCGUUGGUCCCGUAUUGCAGGACAAUUUAAUUGAUAUAGUUUUAAGAUUCAGAUUCUACAAGGUAGCUAUUACAGCGGAUUUGCAAAAAAUGUACCGUCAAGUAUUGGUACACCAUGAUGAAAGAGAGUUUCAACGUAUCUUAUGGCGAUUUUCACCCGACGAGCCUGUACAGGAAUAUCAUUUGAAUACUGUUACAUACGGACAAUCCUGUGCGUCAUAUUUAGCUAUAAGGUGUCUGAGACAACUCGCUUCAGUAGAACUAGAGCAUCAUCCGCUAGCAGCUCGUUCAUUGUUGAAUGAUACUUAUGUGGACGAUAUAAUCACAGGAGCAGACACGAUCGAGGAUGCAUGUAUUUUGCAAGGGCAAUUGAUAUCUUUAUUAGCCAAGGGGUGCUUCGAGGCACACAAGUGGUGCUCGAACGCAAUAGAAGCAUUGGACGGUGUACCCGCGAAUUUGCGUGAGUUCAACACAAAUUUGAGUCUCAGCAACAGCGACGUUACCAGAACGCUAGGCCUUGAAUGGAAUCCGGUGUCCGACGAGCUUCAGUUCACUGUACGGUCAUUGGAAGAUGCAUUCUCGAAGCGUGCCGUGCUUUCGGUUAUAAGCAAAUUAUUCGAUCCGUUAGGAUUAGUUGGUCCCGUUAUGACCACAGCCAAAAUUUUGAUGCAGGGAUUGUGGGAAAUAAAAACAGGUUGGGUCGACCCCCUUCCUGAUGCGUUUUUAAAUAAAUGGCGAACCUUUCAGCAAAGUUUGAUGGAUAAACUUGAUACGGAUUCCACGUAUGGUCACUAA